CUAAAAAGAAUUUACUAAUUAAAGUUUCAAAAAUUACAUAGAUAUAAAAAGUUACAAAAAUAUUUCAUUUUCUUCUUAACUUUUAACUACUGUGAGCAAUCUGAGAGACUGCUGAAGGUUUUUUAACCAUCGUUUCCACCCUAAAAACAGAGAAUGGACCCUGUCCUGCUUCCUACCUUCCAAAACUAGUCCCACAAGGUCACAUAUCCAGUUUUACACUACUAGCUGUAUUAUGGUUUCAGUUACCAGGAUUUUUACUUUUUAAUUUGUGUGGAAGAUCACUCACAGCAGAUGCAUACCAGUUUUAGUGGACAAUAGACUUUAUUUAUUGGAUGCUUGUUUUUCGUAAAAGUGAUAAAUAUGGCUUCAAAUUUUACAAGAGAAAAUCUCCCAUAUAUCUCACUCAAAAAGAAAUUAAAUGUCCUGUCAAUAAUUUUUCUGAUGUAGAAUACUGUGAUUCUGAAGAAUCAUUAGAACAAUCCUUGGAGAGAAUGAAAUUAAUUAUUAAUUUAUCAAAUCUAGAAGAAAAAUUAGACAAAAGAAAAACAUGUAAUCUGUGCCCGCCUUGUAAGAAGAGAAAAUCAGCAUACAAACGCUUGGAAUGCAAGGAGCCAGUAUGUCUUCAGUGCUCUCAAAAAUAUGUCAAGAAUCUCGAGGAAAGGUUAGCUGAGUUAAAAAAGAUGAAUACAUGUCAACCAAGCAAGGAUACAUUAGCUGAGUAUUCAAGGCGUGUUGAAUUUCUGAGAGGUGUGGUUGAGGCAGAGAAGUUGCCUACUAUUACAGAGAAAGCAUUAGCUAACCAGUUAUUAUCUCAUGGAACUUUUACAAGUGCCUCUAAUAAGAUUCACCAGCAAACAAAAGCUCAUUACUUGCGAGAGAUGAGAGAGGAGCUGUUAGGGACCAAAGAUCAUCAGAAUGCAGAAGGCAUUCGUCUGAGACAAAUCAAUGGUAACUCGACUCAAGAUGAUCUGGAUGCUGUCAUGCAGUACCAUAAUUCAAUGCAAGAGAAAGUAGCCCAGGAGAUGAUGUCUCUUGUACAGAAUUUGAAACAAAAUAGUCUUUUAGCUGGUCAUAUCAUACGUAAAGAUACUGAGGUUUUGCAAAAGUCAUCCUCAAUGGCAGAUGACAGAUAUUCUCGAUUAAAAGUGGAAAGUGAAAAAUUAGAAGUUUAUGCUAAGAAAUCAUGCAACUGGUGUGUUUGGAUUAUGUUAGCCAUGGUAUGUUUGAUAUUCAUGUGGAUGAUUGUAUUAUAUUAGGCUUUUGUGUUCAAAGCGGUGACAUUUAUUAAGCUUCCUGUGAAUAAUUUGAUAUUUAUAAUAUUAACAUGUAUAUUUAAGAGAAUUAUUAAAAAAUUAUAUAUAUGGAA